AUGUUAGAUAUAAAGGAUUUAUAUAUCUCGCAAGCAGAGGGCAACAACGGUAGAAUGGCUGAGGUCGGAGUAUCCCAGGCCGUAUUGGUCGAACCAAGAGGUGAUACUGGGCGCAAACUGCCUCAGUAUAUUGCUGCCUUGUCAGCUACCCUUGGAGCUUUGGCUGCGGGUUCCAUGCUUGGCUGGUCAUCACCAGUAGUAUUGAAGAUUACACAAGACAACAGCACAGAUUACAACUUCUCAGUAUCAGAGUCCCAGGGCGAUUGGGUCUCAUCUCUGAUCAAUUUGGGGGCGGCUGCUGUGUGUUUCCCCAUCGGACUGAUUAUGGACAUACUUGGAAGGAAGAAGACUAUGUUAUUCCUGACAUUGCCAUUCACACUUGGUUGGUUACUUAUAACCUUCGCUUCUAAUGUUGGCAUGUUAAUGGCUGGUAGAUUUAUAACAGGCAUAGCUGGAGGAGCAUUUUGUGUCACAGCACCGGCUUACACCAGUGAAAUUGCCCAGGACUCGAUUAGAGGUUCUUUAGGUAGUUAUUUCCAACUGAUGGUGACAGUCGGUAUUCUGUUUGCGUAUGCUGUGGGCAGUUACACUAGCGUGUUUGUCUUUAACAUCCUCUGCACUCUGGUACCCAUCGUGUUUGGCAUCAUAUUCUUCUUUAUGCCAGAGAGCCCCAACUUCUUAGUGGUGAAGGGUAGACAUGAGGAAGCCAAGGAAUCGUUGAUACGGCUGCGAGGGAGAAACUACGACGUGGACGGUGAAUUGAACCAUCUGCAGGCGAAGGCCGAGGACGCAAAGAAUAACCCAGUUUCUUUUCUUUCGGCGAUAACAAAGAAAACGGCCCUAAAGGCUGUAUUAAUUUGCUACGCCCUGAUGUUGUUCCAGCAACUCUCUGGUAUCAACGCUGUGAUCUUCAACACUUCAAAAAUAUUCACCAGUGCUGGGGCCGCUAUUGAACCAGCCAUUGCUACCAUCAUUAUCGGAGUAAUCCAAGUGGUGGCUACUUUAGUGUCAAGUCUUGUCGUUGAUAAGUUGGGAAGGCGUAUUCUCCUUCUCUUUUCUGCUCUAGUGAUGUGCAUCUGUUCCACAGCUCUUGGAGUUUACUUCUUCCUUCAAGAUAAACACGGUGUCGAUUCGUCUAUAGUGGUAGCAAUGUCCUGGCUCCCUCUACUGUCUCUGUCCUUAUUCAUAAUCGCGUUUUCCCUUGGCUUCGGACCCAUACCGUGGAUGAUGGCAGGCGAGUUAUGCCUCAUUGAUAUUAAGGCGUUUGUCAGCUCAACAGCUGGUACGUUGAAUUGGCUGCUAAGUUUCACAGUGACCAGUACAUUCAACUCUCUAAAUAACUCUAUAGGCUCAGGGCAGGUCUUCUGGAUGUUCGCGGGCAUCAUGCUUCUGGGUUUCGUAUUCAUAUUCUUCAUCAUCCCGGAAACGAAGGGCAAGAGCGUCGACGAAAUACAGAUUAUGCUAGGUGCGGAACCGGAAACGACGCACACGGAUAAGAAAUAA